GUAAAUAUCCGCGACUGCAUCCAAUAUCUUCUCAGUGCAGGUCUGGCCAUCGAACGGGGCAGCCGUCACCUCUCUCCUCCUUGAACGACUUUCAGUAGAGAUACGAAACUUUUGACUUUGAAAAAUCGUUCGCAGUCGCGCAAGAGCACAAAUGAAGACCUCGAACCCGUGGACAGAAAAAUUCUCCCAAGAGACUAACGGAAAGGUGCACAAGCUUAUUCUACCUGAAGGAGAGGAAACGGACGAAGGAAGACAAGAAAUGGAUGAAGGAGGGGGAGGAGGAGGAGGAGGAAGACAAGAAGACAAAAUCUCUCCUCAACCGACUGGUACGGAUAUCCGUACUCAAGAACGCAGACCUUUGAUAGACGAAAGUAGUACCAACCACAUCGCUUGUCUUGAUAAGAAUACAAAGACGCAACCAGACACCACCUCCGGCCAGACAUGCUGUCUGCCUAAUAAGUGUUGCUGUAAACCAGCUUUCACCCCGUUCUGUAGACAGGUAGCCAACGUUUUAGUAGCCUGCUUGGCAGGUCUGUCCGUAGGGACUAUCCACGCGUUUCCUGCAGUUUCUCUGCCCCGGUGGGAGGAGGCUGGCUUCGUCCUCACAACUGCUCAGACCACCUGGUUCGCAUCAGCGCCAAUGGUCAUCAGUGUGCUGACGUGCUGGGGAGCCGGCAUCGUUGUGGAGUAUUUAGGCAACAGGAAAUGCUUAAUGAUAGGUGUGCUCUCCUUGGCCUUGUCUUGGAUCGUGAUAGCUAUAGCAGACAGCUUCUGGGUGCUCCUACUCGGCAGAAUCCUUCAAGGGCUGACAGCCUCCGUGUACAUGGUAAUCAUCACUGUCUACCCAGCCGAGGUUAGCAUUUCCCGCUGGAGGGGCGUCAUGACAGGAAUCUCCGAAGCGAUGGUCAUGCUAGGGGCGUUCCUGACCUACUUAGCAGGGAUCAGCCUACGGCCAUCAGCCAUAGCCAUCUUGUUCAUCCUGAGCCUCAUCCCAAUGCUCGUUGCUUACUACUUCCUGAGGGACUCGCCUCUGUGGCUGGCACGUCAGGACAAGGACGACGAAGUCGCCUCCACCCUCAGGUGUCUCAGAGGCCCAACAAUCGACAUCACAGAGGAACUGGAGCAGAUCAAGGACUCGGUCGCAACGGAGAGAAUACAGAAGCCCAGCGCCACUGAGCAACUCUUACUGCUCAGGAAGAUGAUCUACUUCAAGCCUGUGCUGCUAUCAGUUCUGGUCUUGCUCUUCAAGGAGCUCACGGGGCAAUACGCAGUCAUGGCUUACACCGUGAAGAUCUUCAAGAUGGCCGGGUCAUCUCUAGACCCGUACUGGUGCGCGGUUGUGAUGGGCGCGGCUAGAUUUCUCCCCUGCUUCACCAGCUGGAUUCUCAUAGAGCGGUUACCCAGACGGCUGCUGAUCUGCACUUGCAUGACUCUCGCUUCUUUCGCCCUGGGGACGCUGGGGACAUUCCUCUUCUUCUGGUCAAAGAAGACAGAUGGCCUUCCGCCUUCCCUGGGGUGGAUACCCUUGCUUUGCUUUCUGGUGUUCACCCUGGUGUUCGGCUCUGGAGUUGGGCCAACUUGCUGGACAUUGGUAGCCGAGCUGUUACCGUCGCGUGUGAGGAACGUUGGCGCUGGAAUAAUCAACACCUGUUUCAGCCUCUUUCUAUUCCUGGUUGGGCUCACUUUUCCAUUCAUGGUGGAGGGUAUGGGCAUAGGCCUAGUUUUCAUUACCUACUCCGCCUGCACACUGACCGGGGUAGUGUUCAUCUUGUUCUGUUUACCAGAAACCAAAGGGAUGUCCUUUACAGAAAUACAGACGGUUUUGACGGGAACAAGUAAGGGAUCUCAGACAAGGAAUGAAUUGGUGUAGAGUGUUAGACAAGGCAUGAAUUGGUGUAGAGGUGUAGACAAGGCAUGAAUUGGUGUAGAGCAGGGGUGUCAAUCUCAUGGCCCGCGGGAUGGUCAUAAGUGCCCCACGAGGUGCCAAGAGAUUUCUCAACUCGAGCUACUAUAACUGUUAGAACUAAGGAAAAUUUAACUUAAGUUACUAAACUGUUAAAACGAGACUUAAUACGUUUUACCUUUCAUUCAUAUGACAAUAAUAUAUUAAUUUAUUUCAUAUUAUAAUUGCUGACAAUAAGGCCCUUUUAUUGCAAAUCUUAAUAAACGAGUCAUAAGGAAUAAGUAAUUACCAAAUCUUUGAUGGACCUCGAGACCAUAACCAAGUGCAUAAUUGACCCUCAAAAGGAUUUGAGUUUGACACCUUUUGGUGUAGUGUGUCAGACAAGGCAUGAAUUGGUGUAGAGUGGUACAAAAUAAAUGUAGUUCUUUGCAAUGUCUUCAAAUUGUCACAAAACUGUCUUAAAUUUAAAAAUCAGAGAACAACGGCUAGACUGCUACACAGAAUAUAGGCCUAGGUUUCACUUCGCCCAAGUGAUAAAAUCUAGGCACUGUGGCAUAGGCCUACUUUCUUUUUGAAAUACACAGCACACAUCAUCUUAUAAAGUAAAUACCAGGUAAACAGUUGUUGUAUCCAUUCACAAUAUUUUAUUUAUUUUUACUUAAACCGUUUAGUUCCAAAGCACUAUGCUGUUCAACUUAGGCCUAAAAAAUACUUAUGAACUCUUUUGCCGUACAACGUGUUGUAUCCAUUAAUUGAUUUAAAAUUAAUGCACUAUAUCAUUACGGAUAUAUGCACAAAUACAUACAUACAUACAUACAUACAUACAUACAUACAUACAUACAUACAUACAUACCAAUAACAUACAUAC